CUAAAAUCACAUAUUGUGAGCAAUGGCAAUGAAGUUCCUUCUAGUAGCUCUCUCUCUCGCUCUGCUUCUCGGACUUGGCAAGAGUUUCGAUUUCCUCGAAGAGGAAUUGGAGACCGAGGAGAGGUUCUGGGAUUUGUACGAGAGGUGGAGGAGCCACCACACGUUGUCAAGGAACCUCGAUGAGAAGCACAAGCGGUUCAAUGUGUUCAAGGAGAACGUUCGCCACGUUCACGAGUUUAACAAGAAGGACAAGCCUUACAAGUUGAAGUUGAACAAGUUUGCAGACAUGACUAACCACGAGUUCAAGGUCGUUUACGCGGGCUCUAAGGUUAAACACCACAGUAUGCUCCGGGGAAGCCCCCAAGGGAACGGGACCUUCAUGUAUGAGAAGGUCAAUAAAGUCCCUACCUCCAUUGAUUGGAGAAAGAAAGGUGCUGUCACAGAUGUCAAGGACCAAGGACAAUGUGGUAGUUGUUGGGCAUUCUCAACAGUUGUUGGAGUUGAAGGUAUAAACCAAAUCAAAACAAGUAAGUUAGUUUCUUUGUCCGAACAAGAGCUGGUUGACUGUGACACCAAGGAAAAUCAAGGCUGUAAUGGAGGGCUGAUGGAUUAUGCAUACAAGUUCAUCAAACAGAAGGGAGGCUUAAAUACAGAGGGUAACUAUCCUUACACAGCCGAAGACGGAACUUGUGAUGCUUCAAAGGAGAAUUCUCCAGUAGUCUCAAUUGAUGGACACGAGAACGUACCUGCUAAUGAUGAGGAUGCACUGCUGAAAGCCGUAGCUAACCAACCUGUGUCUGUCGGCAUAGAUGCUGGAGGUUCUGAUUUCCAGUUCUACUCGGAGGGAGUAUUUAGUGGAGACUGCGGCACUGAACUGGAUCACGGGGUGGCAAUAGUGGGCUACGGAACAACCCUUGAUGGGACAAAAUACUGGACAGUAAAGAACUCAUGGGGUCCUGAAUGGGGAGAGAAGGGUUACAUCAGGAUGCAGCGUGGCAUCUCUGCAAAAGAGGGACUGUGUGGUAUAGCGAUGCAGGCCUCGUAUCCUAUCAAAACCUCCUCAAAUAACCCUAAAGGACCUCCAUCUCCUCCUAAGGAUGAACUCUGAACCACAUUGAUACCAUAUAUUAAGCACCGCUUUUCAGUCUCGGCCGUUAUUUCAUCUCUGCUAAAGUUGCAUCCCUCAUCUCCCCAUAAAAGUACAUAAUUUGUGAGACUGAUUUGAUGAUGGUCUCAUCUAAUGUAUCUCCUUAACUCUAUCUGGAUUUUGAGGAUUAAAUAAAUUAUUUUCAACUUUCUUCA